AUGGCAGCCGCAGCCCCGAGCCUGUCCUUCCCCACCAACCCGGACGACUUCGACAAGGACGACCGCAUCUCCUUCUCGCGGCUCGAGAACAAGCACAUCGCCGUGCAGGACGACGGCACCGAGUUCGAGUUCGACCGCCAGCUGAAGCGCUGGAUCCUCACGGUUGACGAGGACGAGUAUGCCGCACAGCAGCGCAUGUACGGCGGCGGCGCCGCUGCCGACGACGACAACAACUCCCCGGACCCGGCCGACGCCACGGCCAGCAACGGGAAGCGCAAGCGUCUGACCAAGGAGGAGCGCGACCAGGCGCGCAAGAAGCACAAGGCGCCGCCCCAGCCGCGGCAGAACACGGCCAUCUACGUGACGGGGCUGCCGGCCGACGCCACGCUGGACGAGGUCCACGACGUCUUCAGCCGCAAGUGCGGCGUCGUGGCCGAGGAGAUCGACAGCGGCCGCCCGCGCAUCAAGCUGUACACGGACGCCGACGGGAACUUCAAGGGCGACGCCCUCGUCGUCUUCUUCAAGCCCCAGAGCGUCGACAUGGCCAUCAUGCUGCUCGACGACACCGACUUCCGCUACACGGCCAGCGGCCUGCCCACCGGCCGCAUGCGCGUCCAGGCCGCCGACAGCAGCUACAAGAAGACGCAGCACGACGCCGGCGCCGAGGCCGGCGCCAAGACCGGCGCAGGCGGCCAGGAGGACGGAAGCGCGAACGGCGGUGCGCCGGCCGCGGCGGCACCGGCAGCUGCAGCAGCGCCGAAGAAGGACCACCGGGCGCGCGAGCAGGACAAGCAGAAGAUCAUCAAGCGGACGCAGAAGCUGGACGCCAAGCUGGCGGACUGGGACGACGACGACGUGCCGUACGCGGCGCAGCUGGAGAGCGCGGCGCCGCGCAAGGACAAGGUGGUGGUGCUGCGGCACAUGUUCACGCUGCAGGAGCUGGACGAGGACCCGGCGGCCAUGCUGGACAUCAAGGAGGACAUCCGCGAGGAGUGCGCCAAGCUGGGGCCCGUGACCAACGUGGUGCUGUACGACCUCGAGCAGGACGGCGUCGCCUCGGUCAAGUUCCAGAGCCCCCAGGCCGCCGAGGCCUGCGUCCGCCUCAUGGACGGCCGCGCCUUCGACGGCCGCACCGUCCGCGCCACCUUCGCCACCGGCCGCGAGCGCUUCCGCAAGUCCGGCAAGGAGCACCCGGGCGAGGAGGAGGAGUGA